AAAGCUGCGUUGGCUGAAACGGAGCCGCUUCAGCACACCUCCGAUCAAAUCCUCAUAAAGGGAAUCAGGUGCGCCGCGCAUUCUCCGCAUCUCACCUUACGACAUAAAAUCGCAGCCCCCGGUAGCAGAUGAACAUCCUCAUCAUCAUCAUCACAUCACAACAAGCUCACCAUGUCACAAUACACAAAACAAACUUGGUCUAGGCGUGGCGACUACGGCUUUCCAGCCAAUUCACCUGUCCAGAGGAGCACAUACGACCCCAUCGUGCUCAGCGAAGUUGAUCUAAAGGUCAUCGGCGCUACUCCUAUCGAAGACGGUGCUUCUACGUUCUUGCUUUCGCAUUUGAAGUACGACCCCGAGAGCCAAACCAUCUCUAGAGAGGUCCUCACUGCCUCAAAAAAGGACUCGGAGAUGACUAUCGAUGAUCAUGUAAAGUCUCUGAAAGCUACUGCCAAUUUGGGCGAUAAACUUACUCUGAGGCUCGAGCUUGGUGGUUUUGAGAACGGAGAUACUGAAGUGCUGUUGAGCAGAGAGGAGGAGGAGUUUGCGAAUCUGAAGCUCGUGUUAGAUGCCGAUGUGUUUGGAGGUAUUCAGCUUGCACACCCGAGCAAUGCGAGUCGUACGGAAGAGCUCUUGGCAUGGGCGCUGGAGCUGGAAGAGGCGCAAGGUAGUCAGUCGCCUUGAGCACACAUUUCAGGUGGGGCGUCCGAAGAUGUUGAAGAACGCUCUUGUCUAGUGUAGG